AAUGCUCUCUUUCUUCUCCCUCCUCCUCGUCGCUUUGGGCGAAAUCGGGGAGGGGUCGAGAAUUAGGGUUUUAGCUUGGGGUUAGAGUUAGGGUUUCGAAGCGAAGGGGAUCGGAGGAGCUCGGAGGUGGAGGAUGGUGGUGGACAAGGGGAAGAGGUGCAAGGUUGCGGAGCGCGGAGAGGAGAGCGAUCGCGUGGAUGGUGAGCUUGUUCCUUACAUAGAGAAGCUCCAGGAGAUCCAGGACGAGCUCGAGAAGGUCAAUGAAGAAGCAAGUGACAAAGUUCUAGAGGUGGAACAGAAGUAUAAUGAGAUACGAAGACCUGUCUAUAUGAGAAGGAGCGAUAUAAUCAAAUCCAUUCCAGACUUUUGGUUAACUGCAUUUCUAAGCCACCCCGUACUUGGUGAUCUUUUGAACAAGGAAGAGCAAAAGAUAUUUAGGCACCUCAUUUCACUAGAUGUUGAAGACUUUAAAGACCUUAAAUCAGGCUACUCCAUAACCUUUAAUUUCUCCCCUAAUCCAUAUUUCGAAGAUACAUGCCUAAGAAAGACGUAUUCUUUCUCUGACGAAGGAACAACUAAUAUAACUGGCACAACUAUUAAAUGGAAGGAGGGGAUGAAUUGUGUGAAUGGUGAGGCUCGUGAGAACAAUGGCAGCAAAAGACCUUUCGGUGAAGAAAGCUUCUUUAGCUGGUUCAGUGAAACUCAUCCAAAACGUAUGCCGGAAAUGUUCUCUGAUGAGAUAGCUGAGAUAAUAAAGGAAGAUUUGUGGCCUAAUCCUCUAAAGUACUUCAAUCAUGAAGCUGGUGAUGAGUUUGAAGGUGAUGAAGAUGAUGAUGAGAAGGGCACCGAAUUCGAUGAUGAGGAUGAUGAGGACGGCGACAGCGACGAUGAAGAGGAGGAUGAAGGCGACGAGGAGGAUGACGACUAGGCUUGUGUUAAAUGAGCCUUCAGUUGCAGCAGGGCUAGAUUAUGUUGUUUGUUAUGUUAUAUUCGAACCUAUGCACUAGGUUUGUUGCUUGUCUCGGCGAACUUAAUUUACAUACAUGUUAGAUGGAUUAAGCUAGUUUGAGGUGUGACAGUAUGUAUAGCCUCUUGGAGGCCUUCGUUCUCGGAAAAAUGGUUUUAUGAAGUGCAUUUACUGGGGCUAUUCUGCUAAGAACACUGCUCUUGGUGCUUAAAUCAUGUCCGGAUCAAAGCCCCAUUUAUUAAUUGCACCAGAUUCUCAUGCACCAAAUCCAAUAUGGAUUAGCUUAUUCGAUGAUACAGUAAUGUAAUCUGCAACAUCAAACGAGGUUGCGAGUAAAUAUUA